UACGAGUCUAGUUUUUCCGAGUAGUCCCUGAAGGUAACAACUCCAGUAGUGUCCCCUGAUCAUCAGAGAGGACAGACUCGAUCAGACACAACACGCCUGCACACACUGUAAUGAUAAGACCUGGUGCCACCUGAUCAAAUCCUGAGUGAGCACGUGACUCUGUCUGCUUAACGAGGAACAUGACGGCCCUCAACGCACCUCGGGACAAAUACAAUGCAGUAUGGAUCAUUUUCUUCAUCCUGGGCCUGGGAACCCUCUUACCGUGGAAUUUCUUCAUGACGGCAACUAUGUACUUCACCAGCAGGCUGAAGGACACGCCCUCCACCACUCAGACCAAUGAGACGUUGGCAGAUGGAGAUACUCGCAGCGUUCUGGAGUCAAAGUUUAACAACGUGAUGACGCUCUGUGCCAUGGUGCCUCUGCUCAUCUUCACCUGCCUCAACUCCUUCCUGCACCAGAGGAUUCCUCAGAAGCUUCGCAUCAUUGGCAGCCUGGCGGUCAUCCUGGUGGUCUUCCUGUUGACCGCGGUGUUAGUGAAGAUCGACGUGGGUCCUCUCCCCUUCUUCACCAUCACUAUGAUCAAAAUCAUCUGCAUCAACUCGUUCGGGGCGAUUCUCCAGAGCAGUCUGUUUGGGCUGGCAGGGAUUCUGCCCGCCUCCUACACGACGCCCAUCAUGAGCGGACAGGGGCUGGCCGGCACCUUCGCCGCUUUCUCCAUGAUCUGCGCUCUGGCAUCGGGAUCCGCCCUGCAGGACAGCGCCUUCGGUUACUUCAUCACAGCCUGCGUGGUUAUUCUCCUCGCCAUCCUGGCCUACAUCGUUCUGCCCAGGAUGGAGUUUUUCCAGUACUUCAUGGAGAGUAAUGGAUCCAGACCCGCUACUGAUGAGGAGAACAAGAUGGACUUACUCAAAAAAGAUAGUACAGAAGAGAAGCGGCCGGUGGUGAGUCUGACGGAGGAAGAGGCCAAACCCACCGUGUCUGUGGUAAACAUCUUCAAACAGAUCUGGGUGAUGGCUCUGUCCGUGUGCUUCAUCUUCACCGUCACCAUUGGAACAUUCCCGGCAGUCACAGUGGAGGUCAAGACGACGGUGGCAAAUGGAGGAGCCUGGGAAACUUACUUCAUCCCCGUGUCGUGUUUCCUCCUUUUCAACCUAAUGGACUGGGCCGGCAGGAGUCUGACGGCCGUCUGUAUGUGGCCGGGGAAAGACAGCAUGUGGCUCCCCGUCCUGGUGGGUCUGAGGAUCGUCUUCAUCCCUCUCUUCAUGCUGUGUAACGUCCAGCCUCGUAACUUCCUCCCCGUGCUGUUCGCCCACGACGCCUGGUACAUCUUCUUCAUGAUCUUCUUCGCCUUCUCCAACGGAUACCUGGCCAGCAUCUGCAUGUGCUUCGGACCCAAGAAGGUCCCACAGCAUGAGGCGGAGACGGCGGGGGCCAUCAUGGCCUUCUUCCUAUCCCUAGGCUUGGCGCUGGGCGCUGGUGUCUCCUUUGCUUUCAGGGCCUUGGUCUAAGAGCUCCAGAAGACCCCUCAUUAGACGUAGAUUAGACGACCCCCCCCCCUCAAACACUGCCUGUCUUCACCCGCCAACAGCCUCUGACUGAGAGGAGACGGCAGACUAGAGGCCCUCGGUCUUCUCAGAUGUACAUUAGAGACUCAUCCAAUAUAAGCUAAACAUGUUGCUGAAUAUACGUCUUCCAACUCAGCAGCACAGUGCGAAAACUCGAUGCCAUUUAUCAAACAGGUUGUUCCUCUGAGAUGAAUUGAAGUUCAGAGGGCAACUUGACAAAAACCAAAAGUGUAGUAGAUCAGUUGUAGCGGACUCGUCAUGUAGAUGUUUUUUAAUUUUCCAAGAUAAGACAAAUCCCAGGCAGGUAAUGAAGACUGUACAUGAAGCGUCCUAGAGCCUGAUUCAUAAAAAUGUUUUAUGAUCAGUCACGUACUUUAGAAAUCACAUGAAGUUAUGAUGGUGUGUAAAAAAAGUCCCAACAUUUUUAUAAAUGAGGCUCUUAGAUUCUGGUGUUCGGAUAGUCUGCUUAAACCAGUACAUUUUACCCUCAGUUUGUAAACUGUGAUCCUGAACGCUACUUUUUUUUAAAUAACUUCACUCUGUACUGUUGCAGCUUUUAAACUUUGAUCAAACCAAAUACAUGAAGACACGUGGAAAUUAUGAAUUUUGAAGGGAGGGUAGACCCAUCAAACGGCUCAUUAACGUGCCGUGUGCAAACCGCUUCGCUCAACGCUGCUUUCAGUGUCACCUUAGUCCGUAAACUUCCUAUUUAAGAAUAAGCACAGAAUAAAUCCUGAAGACGAGGUUUUAAUCCACAAUCUGAGCCACUAACUGCUGAGUACUCAUUGUCUUAGAGAGUGCUGACUGUCUGUUUGUAGAUUUAGAUGAAGAAGCACCAGCGUGGGUCAAUUUGGUUUAUCAUGUUUCUGUCUAGAUUUUCAGCCCACAGGAUGACGUUCAUACUGCUACUGUGUCUUCCUGUUAAACCACAUUUGCCACAUGUAUUUUAGAAUGCAUGACGUGAAAUGUGCCAUUUGUGAGUGAGAUAAGGAGGAUUUUUUUUAAUGUCAUGAGUUGGCUUUUUCAUUUUUUUAUGUAAGAUAAGUUUUGUAUCAGUAGUUUUUAGUAUUCUGUUCAAACUUUACCACUCGGCUCUUUGAGUGAGUUUUGUUCUCAUGAAUUGGGAGGUGCCUAUCAGUGUUAUAUAUUUGUGGCCUUUUAGAUGCUUUUCUUUCUUUUAAGUCUGCUUUAGUUGUACAUGAUAUUAUUCAUACCAGCUGUAUACAUGCUAACUGCCUGUUUGUUCAAAAGCACAACGUUGGUCUGUUCUUCCGUACUGUGUAUUGUAGUUUGUAUGGGAGUCAUGGAUCAGAAAAUGUUGAUCAUAUUUGCAGCUUAAAAAAGUUCUGUGAUAAAAUAAAACUGUAUUUUUAAGAAUC